AUGUUUGUUGCGUGGCAGGCUGGGUCGCGAGAUCUUCCGGACGCGCCGGUUACGCGUGACGCGGGGCACAUUCUUGCUGACCCUGUUUUUGUCGAGGACUUUUGUAAGACACUGAUGGAUAUUCUCGCCGGUUGCGCCAAGAAUUGGUCUGCGCAAAACAUUCUGCAAAGCAUCAUUUACCUUGCGCAAGCUAUAUUCGAGCGGACCUGCAACGGUACCUCCAAAACCGCUGUUGCGCAUGUGCUGCGAGAGGCACGAAAGGUGGUAGUCGACUGGAUCGGAGCAAUCACUAACCUCUUGAAUGGGUGUGACAGUGACGACGCCAUGCAGAACUUUCGAAACAAGCUUGUUGCUGUGUCAACGAUGGGUGCGCUGACUUUUUCCGCGGAUAAGUUGCUACUAAACAGCUCGGAGGACGUUGCGGACUGGUUGUAUUUUCGCGCAACCGCGAAAGACAACACUUCACCGCACUGGCUCAAAUCCGGCAAACAAGAGCGCAACGCAGUCCUGCACGCUAUGAAGGUUGCAGAGGAGGUAUUUGCGCGAUUCGUCAAGCUGACUGAUGCAGUGCGAAUUCUCGGUCUGACGAUUUUUUUCCAGCGGUACUACCGCCCGGGGAAUUUGGCGGCGUGGCAGAAAGCCAAGGACGCGCCGUGGUGGUUUUCGGCGCGGUUUUCCAGCACCGGGGCCAAGAGCAGUAGUUGCUGCUUACAAAUCGACGUCAUCAGUG